CGUGACAUCACCGCGCCAGCCAAGGUAUGGGCAGCAGCGCCGGCUCGGGGGAGUUAGAGCCUGUCAGCAGGACGGGAGUAAGGCAGAGGGGGCUGGGCGCUGGCAUCCGCACCCCUUCCGGCAAACAAGACAGCGAGCAAACGAGGAAAGAAAAGCGAGCGAGCAAGCCAGAGACCGAAAAGACUCGUCUCUCCACUCUGCAAUCUAUUGAGAAGCGCUACAGGAGGAUGAAUGUGAACCCCCCACUCAGUCGCUCGGAGGUCUUUGGUCAGCUGAGGAAGGAGCUUUAUGAUGAGGAGGAGUUCAGACAGUCCGACACACACAUCUUCCUCAUUAUGGGGGCAUCUGGUGAUCUGGCAAAGAAAAAGAUCUACCCCACUCUGUGGUGGCUUCUCGGCGAGGGUGUACCCGGGAUGCCCCUGCUCCCUGAGGACACUCACUUCAUCGGCUUCGCUCGCUCCAAACUGACCGUGGAGGACAUUCAGAAACAGUGCCAGCCGUACAUGAAGGUAUCGGAGGAGGAUUCCUCCAAGCUCUCUCAGUUCUUCUCUCGUCACUCCUACCUCUCCGGCGGCUACAACGACCCCGCGGCGUUCCGGCGCCUGAACCGACGCGUGGGGGAGAUUCCCAACGGGGACGCGGCCAACCGCCUCUUCUACCUGGCACUGCCCCCGAGCGUGUACGAGGACGUGACCCGCAACAUCAGCCUGGAGUGCUUGAGCACCAAGGGCUGGAAUCGUGUGAUUGUGGAGAAGCCCUUCGGGAAGGACCUGCAGAGUUCGGACCAGCUUUCCAACCACCUGUCCUCCCUGUUCAAAGAGGAGCAAAUCUACCGCAUUGAUCAUUACCUGGGCAAAGAGAUGGUGCAGAACCUCAUGGUGCUGAGGUUUGGGAAUCGGAUCUUCGGCCCGAUCUGGAACCGGGACAGUAUCUCCUGCGUGGUCCUGACCUUCAAAGAGCCGUUCGGGACCGAGGGGAGAGGGGGGUACUUCGACGAAUUCGGGAUAAUCAGGGAUGUGAUGCAGAAUCACCUGCUUCAGAUGUUGUGUCUCGUUGCCAUGGAGAAGCCUGCCUCGACCAACUCUGAUGAUGUCAGAGAUGAGAAGGUGAAGGUGCUGAAGUGCGUGCGGGAGGCAUCCUUGGACGAUGUGGUUUUGGGGCAGUACACGGGGGACCCCGAGGGGGAGGGGGAAGCUCGGAAGGGUUACCUCGAUGACCAGACCGUCCCCAAGGGGUCCCGGACCCCCACCUUCGCCACGGUGGUGCUGUACGUGGAGAAUGAGCGCUGGGACGGGGUCCCCUUCGUGCUGCGCUGUGGGAAGGCUCUGAACGAGCGCAAGGCGGAGGUGCGGCUGCAGUUCUGCGACGUUCCCGGAGAUAUCUUCGAUCGGCACUGCAAGAGGAACGAGCUUGUGAUCCGAGUGCAGCCCAACGAGGCCGUGUACGCAAAGAUGAUGACCAAGAAACCAGGCAUGUUCUUCAACCCAGAGGAGAGCGAACUGGAUCUGACCUACGGGAGCAGAUACAAGGAUGUGAAGCUCCCCGAUGCCUAUGAGCGUCUCAUUCUCGAUGUGUUCUGUGGCAACCAGAUGCACUUCGUACGCAGUGAUGAGCUGCGGGAGGCUUGGAGAAUCUUCACCCCCCUCCUCCACAGGAUCGAGUCGGAGAACAUCUUGCCUGUUCCCUACACCUACGGGAGUCGAGGCCCAGUUGAAGCUGAUGAGUUGUUGAACAAAGUCGGCUUUCGUUACGAAGGGACCUACAAGUGGGUCAAUCCACACAAGCUGUGAGCCGGAACCAGAACUACGCGGCUAGAACUAUACAUACACACACACACACACACAGACACAGAGAGGCAAAGAGACACACACAUACACAGACACAGAGAGGCAAAGAGACACACACAACAGGAGCAUACCAAACACACACACAAAUUUCUUCAGCUUUCAAAUCAGUAUUUCAUACUGCAGAGCCAGGAUUUGCUACCAGUCUAAAAAAGCACUUAAACACUCGAGAGAGAGAGAGUGUCUGUGGGUGUCUUAGUGUCUUUGUGUGUCUUAGUGUCUGCAUGUGUGUGUGUGUGUGUGUGUGUGUGUGUGUGUGUGCGUGUGUGCAAAGCGAAUUGUUUACAUGACUCAUUCUGUGGGUCAGGAUUGCAUUCCUUAUGUGUUUGAGUGCUUGUAUAACGAGAUCGCUUCACGAAUCUGAUUGGACUGUAUCUUUACAUCCUCGAAUCUGAUUGGACUGUAUCUUUACAUCCUCGACACACAUGUUCGUGUCCAGCCUCGCUCCCUCUCCGUUUCUUUUUUUUGGUUUGCGGUCCAAUAGAAUGAUUUGCUUAAAAUAAAUGUAAAAAAAAAAAAAAAGAAUAUUAUUAAUCAUUUCAAUGUGGGCUUAAAUUUCCAGUUUUUAUUUUGUACGAGUUAUAUGAAACGGCAUUGGUGCUUACAUGGUAAUCAUGUCAUUUUUAUGUGUUUAUUGGUCUAGUUUGGGUUGUUGUACAAUAUUAUACAGGGGUACCCCCCCAUGAACGAUCCAAUCGUUCUUCCUAGAGGGGUACCCCCUGAUUUGAUUCUACAUUCCAACAGUUGCAAACAGUGCGGUUUUGAAGGCGCUUGUUGGUACAAAAUACGUUUGGUUGAAUGUUGAAGUACUGUAGUGAAAAAGAAAAAAUAAAAUUCUUAAUAAUAACAAUAAAAAGCUUUUGCUUUAUAAUAAA